AUGGCGACGCCAGACAAGCGCAACAAUGGCGAGCUCACGUUCGAGUACGUGGCCGAGACAGGCGAGACGCUGGCGACGCACGAGUAUGCAGCGUACCCGCUCAAGUUUCUUCGGCCCACGAGCGCGAUAUCGCUCGGCUUUCACACGAACGUCAUCUGCAUCUUGGGCUACGGCGGCGGCCUCGUCUCGCGCGACCACACCAAGAUCCACGUAGUCGCGAACGCAUCGACCUCCGCCGUGCUCUGUACGCAGGCUACAACCAAAGUCUUCAAGUGCAUUCCAGACCCGGCGCGGGCCAACGACCGUACGAAGCAAGAGUUGCACGUGUCGCUGCACGCGCACGCGACAUUCCUCCUCUUGCCCGACCCCGUCACGUGCUAUGAAAAUGCCAAGUACGUACAGCGCCAGGUCUUUGAGGUCGACGCCACCGCGACGCUCGUCGUCUUGGACUGGCUCACGAGCGGCCGCGUCGCGCGUGGCGAGCACUGGGCCUUCGACACCUACGAGAGCUGCAACGAGAUUUACAUGACGCAUGCUGACAACGCGCCGUCUACGCCGCUUGUGAUCGACCGCGUGCGGCUCCGGCAAGACGAGACGAUCCCGCUCCGGACUCGCAUGGGUGGUAUGCAUGUCAUGGGCACCCUCGUGCUCUGCGGGCCGCGCGUCAUGGCGCUUGUCGCGCAGCUUCUCGCCGACGGCGCGCGCAAGCAGCUCGCGCCGCACCAGUCGCCCGUGCCGUCGGGCCGCUUGGCGCAAAGCGACGUGUCGGACGUGCGGUCGGCCAUUAGCCCCUUGGGCCACCACGGAGCGAUAAUUCGGUUUUGCGCCCACUCGACCGACGCUGCGUACGCAUACAUCAAGGACAUCUUGGCGCCGCUCCACGACCUCGUCGGCUAUACUUGUUUUCAGGAAAAUCGCUAAGUUUAAACGAUCUCAUUGUCAUUCGGA